AUGAGUAGGAAUACAACCUACAGCAGGAUAAUCAAACCACCAAAAGAAAAAACAAGAGAAAAGGGUACUCUCCCCGCCUUUGAUCGCUUCGUCGUCCUCGCCGUAUUCGACUCCGAUUCCAACUCCUCCGCCAUCGAAAUCCACUCCCUAACCCGAUCAAAACCCGCAAAUCUAACUCUUCAAUCCUUAUGGUCCUCACCCUCAAGAAUUUCCUCCCUCAAAGCCUCUCAAACCCUCCACAAACCCCUCAUCGCCGCAUCCACCUUCUCCGGCUCGCUCCACGUCCUGCUCGCUGACCCGGUCGAUGCGUUGAUCGAAUCGGAGGUUUCGGUGCCUGGGAAGACAUUGCACGUUGGACCCAUUUCGUGUAUUGAUGUGCAGGAAAAUGGGUCUGAGUGUGUUAGUGUUGGGGAAGAUGGGAGGGUGAAUUUGGUGAGCGUUGGUAAUUCGAAUUUGAGUCACCGCCGGUUUUUCGAUAGCAAUGGGUUGGUGUCGUACACAGCGGCGACGUGGGCGUCGCCGAUGGAGUUUGCCACGGGUGGAUUGGGGUUUAGUCUUCAGUGGUGGGAUCAGAGAAAGCCUGGAGGACCAGCUUCUCAGUUCAAGGGUAUUUGGGCUCAUGGAACUACUUCUGGGAUUGUACACUCCAUUGAUAUUCAUCCAUCAAGAAAACACACUUGUAUUGCAGGAGGCUCUUCUGGUACUGUAUUUGCAUGGGAUCUUCGGUGGCAACAGCAGCCAAUAGUUCUUUCUGGGGUUGCAGCAGGUGAGUUUCAGUCCCACUCAUUAUCUGAGAGUGAAAUUUGGGAGGUCCAGUAUGAUAGCUAUACUUCAAACAUUGGUAACACGUCAACAUCACGGGUGUUACCUGUUAUGAUCUGCUCAGAAGAUGGAAUCCUUGCUGUUGUUGAACAAGGUGAGGAACCCAUUGAACUCUUGGCUGAACCAUGUGCUAUCAACAGCUUUGACAUUGACCGACAGAACCCCUCGGAUGUGAUAUGUAGUUUAGAGUGGGAGGCUAUUGCCAUCUUGAUGAGGGCAUAAUUUCUGAGACUAAGAUGAAGAAUUCGGUGGCAUAAAUAGGAUCUGUUCAUUAUCCUUUCAGUGUAUCUUAAAGAGUGAAAGUGAUGAUCUACUUGGGGCAAAAAGAAGCAGCACAUUAUGAUUUUGGGAAGAUGAACUGGGUAGCUUCAGUGUGUUCUGGUAACCAGCAUAUGCACCCAAAAAUGUAAGGUUUAUAGUUAUGCUCCUUCUUGUCUAAUAGUACAGAAUACAGAUGGCUUUUUAACAGCACCAGACUGAAUCCAUGUUGGAAAAGUAAUUGUUCUAAUCUUGGACCAUCUGCUUUUGUUUUGAAAGACAUUGCUAAUGAAACACUAAAGCCAUGGACCCAAAAAAGUUGCCAUGAAAACUGUUCA